GUUUUAUUAUCGUUUUCAAGCAACUCUCAAAUCUGUUCCCUCGGUUACAAGCUCUCAUCCCUUCGAUAAUCGGCUUUGCCCCUUCAAUAACGACGCUGAUCAAGAUUAUCAGCUCUUGCAAACCUUACUGCCUAUGUUUUUGAGUCAACAUCGUCUGUUUUGACUGGUGCAAUUUAGUGCCAAGACAACGAAUUGUGUCGCUAAAAAUCUGGUAUAACUCUGGAUUCUUGGAAUUCCAUUCACUAUUGUGGUAAAAAUGCCAAAAAACUUUCGGAAAAGAAAAGUUGAGGAUGAUACCGACAUUCUUUCUGAUGAUGAGGAGGAGAGGAGGUUAGCUUUAGAGGAGGUAAAAUUGCUACAAAAGCAGAGAGAAAGAAGAUCUGGAAUCCCUGCUAAUACUAUACCCCAAUCGCUCUCUGUAGAACCAAAGUUGGGCGAUAAAGUCGAGGUAGAUGGUGAUAAAGAAGAGUUGGUUUUACAAGAUACAUUUGCACAAGAAACUGCUGUCAUGGUUGAAGACCCCAAUUUGGUAAAGUAUGUUGAACAAGAAAUGGCCAAGAAAAGGGGCCAGAUUAUUAACACAACAGAUCAUUCAGAGAGUGAAUUGAAACUUGCCGAGGAAGAAUUGUACAAGAUCCCAGAUCAUUUGAAAGUGAAAAAGAGAAACUCAGAAGAAAGCUCUACUCAGUGGACUACUGGUAUUGCAGAAAUUCAGCUUCCUAUUGAAUAUAAGCUAAAAAACAUCGAGGAAACUGAAGCGGCCAAGAAGCUUCUACAUGAAAAGAGAUACAUGGGACAAGCCAAGAAAGAGUCGACGAGUUCCUGGAAUCACAAUGCUGAUUAUUUUCAACGUGGAAAAGAUUAUGCUGAAAAACUCAGGAGAGAUCAUCCAGAACUAUACAAGGAUAGAGGUACAGAAGAUAAUGGAGUGGGUUCAAGACCUAAUGACAGUGGCGUUGACCCAGCCAGGAGAAGGCUAGCUGCUACAGAUGAGAUCAUGCUCGAGCGCUUCCGGAAAAAAGAGCGACAGCGUGUAAUGAGGAGAUGAGAUCAGUUAGUGUUGUAAGCCUGUAACAUUCAAAAGAAUCAAUUUCAAAGUUUUCUCUAUUAGAUCAUUUAUCUUGGACCUAUCAGUAACAUGUAGUCAGCUAAUAGAUUUGCGCUAUUUUAGUUAAUUUUACUACAUGCCCUAUUGUGUUCCGCCAAGAGAUUAAGAGUAUGUUUGCAAAUAAAAAUAAUUCCACAUGCUUAAUCUACUACAAAUAACUGAAGUGUGUAUUACAUAACUUAAAAAGAAUUUAUUCAUUGAUAUGUGUAUUUAUUUGCACUUAUUAAUAGUAAUUUUAAUAAUUUUUGAUGA